GACGUCCUCCUCCGUCAGGUAAAGCUGUGAAGGAGGCGGAGGCGAACCUCCGCCGCCAGCGGCGCCUGUUCCGCUCCCAGGUGAUGAAGUACAUCGUCCCGGGGGCGCGGGUCGUCCGCGGCAUCGACUGGAAGUGGCGGGACCAGGACGGGAACCCGUCGGGCGAGGGCACCGUCACCGGGGAGGCCCACAACGGCUGGAUUGAUGUAACCUGGGACUCUGGCGGCUCUAACUCUUACCGUAUGGGCGCUGAAGGGAAGUUUGACCUCAAGCUUGCUCCAGGGUACGACCCUGAGUCGGCUGCCACAGCGCCGUCACCCAAACCUGUCUCAUCCACUGUUUCAGGCCCCGCCUCCUCCACGGUGGGACCCUCCGCGGUGCCGGCGGCCAGCGGCGGCGGCACCACCACCACCACGUCCUCCUCGUCCUCGUCCACCUCAUCGUCCUCACAGCAGCAGUCGUGGAGCAGCCUGGUGAAAAAUAACUGUCCCGACAAGGGCGGGGCGCUGGCGCUGGGCGGGGGCGGCGCCGGCUCCUCCAGCCGGAAGGGCAGCAGCAGCUCCGUCUGCAGCGUCGCCUCGUCCUCCGACAUCAGCCUGGGCUCCUCCGCGGGGCUGCCGGGCGCCGCCGCCGGCCUGCGUCUGGAGAGGCGGGCCGAGGGCCUCCUGCUGGACUCGGGCGUGGCGGGGAUCGGCGUCGGCUCCGAGCCCAUCGUCGUGCUGUCGUCCGCGGAGGGCGGGUCCGGCUCGGUGUCCAGCUCCGGCACGCUCACCGCCGACACGCCCGUGCCCGGCGACGACGACGCCAGGAACAAGGACUCGUCCGCGGAUCCGGCGACGGCGAUCUCCAUGGGGCUGGUGAGCGUGAGCUCCCCCGACGUCAGCUCGGUGUCGGAGUCGUCCGGCAAGGACGCGCCGUCCCAGCGGCCGCUGUGCUCGGCGGCCAACGCCCGGCUGUCCGUCAGCUCGCUGCUGGCCGCCGGCGCGCCCAUGAGCUCCAGCGCCAGCGUGCCCAACCUGUCGUCGCGGGAGGCCAGCCUCAUGGAGUCCUUCGUCCGCCGCGCGCCCAACAUGUCGCGCACCAACGCCACCAACAACAUGAACCUGAGCCGCAGCAGCAGCGACAACAACACCAACACGCUGGGCCGCAACGUCAUGAGCACCGCCAGUGAGUUCUCUCAUAUGUUACAUAACACGUUACUAACAACCGCACAGCAGAACCAACGCACACAUCAGUCGGCCGAGUCCAAUCUGAAGGAACACACUGCAACACGGGGAAAGGCUCGUUAA